AUGGUUAUUUUUGCUUCUCUUCAAGGCCUUCACGGUUCUCUUCUAAGAUCCCAAUUCCUAAGCCUAGAUCUUCAAUUUCCUCUCAUAAAAACAUCCAAGAGAAACCAUAGAAAUCUAACUUGUCAACCCAAAAUAUGUGCUGAAUUCAACAUACUAAAAAUGAUGGGAGGAAGAGGAUUAUGCAAUGGAGAGAAAGGAGUUGAAAAAGAGCUGAAGAGGAAAAUUGAUAAAGAGGAAACACCAUCACCAUCACCAUCAUCAUCAUCCAAUGAAAAAGUGCAAGAAAACACAGAAAAGUUGACUAGUGAUAUUGUUGAAAUUCCAGAAGAUGGUUUUGAGAAGGAAAUGAUGGGGCUAACUGGAGGGUUUCCAGGUGGUGAAAAAGGUUUGAUCAAGUUCAUUGAGGAAAAUCCACCUAGAAAAAUCUCUCAAACUUUUAGUGUUGAAGAAAGAAAUCAAAGUGUUGUUGAAGAAUCCAAACCAUCAUAG